AUCGUUUAUUUCUUAAGAUUAUUUAAAGCGUGAAUGACUUUAUAGACUUUAUAUUGAUAACAGGUAUAAUUGUAAGCUUUUUAAACUCCCGUACAGUCUAAAGGUUUCGUAUUUUAACAAGACUCAUAUCAUAUAUAACUUCUUUGGGCUUGUUAUUUAUAGGCCAGAGAUUUGGCGAGGCUAAUGACAAAGAGUACAAACUCGGUAUAAACAUCUUUUUCCUUCCGGUGUGUUUUUACUAAUUUUACACUUAAGUGUCUUGAAUAAGUCUUAAAUUAAUGGAUGCCUCAGAAAUGAAACCUCCUCCAAGGCGCCCCCCUCCUGCGGAAUCAGAAGAUUCCAGCCCGGACAUCUCUCUCCUCUACGUGGGCGCCUUCCUCGUCUUGGCGGCGGUAGUCAUGUUCGCAGUCCUCGUUGUUAUAUAUGUCCGAACACUGAAGAGGAAAACAGAUACAGGAGCAGAAGAGACACCAGGGCACGCUAAGGACAGUGAGGACUAUACAGAAAUGAGCGGGAAAACAUCGCCUAACCCUUACGCCAAUAUGAGUGGUAGACAAUACACUGAUCUUAGAGUCCUCGCCCCCCGGGAUCACGCCUAUACCCCCGUCCAGCCUCCCUACGUAGAAAUCAUCAGCUGAUGUACCAAGUUAUGCAAUAAAUAUUAUAGUACAUGA